AUGGCCGGCGGCGGGGAUGAGGCGUCGGCGUCGGCGGCGCUGUGCGCGCCGAUGAAGGCGACGUCGGAGGGGUUGUGGCAGGGGGACAACCCGCUGCACUUCUCGCUGCCGCUCAUCAUCCUGCAGGUCUGCCUCGUGCUCGUCCUCACCCGAGGCCUCGCCCUGGCGCUCCGCCCGCUCCGCCAGCCCCGCGUCAUCGCAGAGAUCAUCGGCGGCAUCCUCCUCGGCCCGUCGGCGCUUGGCCGGAACAAGGCCUUCCUCAACCACGUCUUCCCGACGGAGAGCCUCACCGUGCUCGACACGCUGGCCAACAUCGGCCUGCUCCUGUUCCUCUUCCUCGUCGGCCUGGAGCUGGACCCGGCCUCGCUUCGCCGCACGGGCAGCCGCGCGCUCGCCAUCGCCGUGGCCGGCAUCUCCCUCCCCUUCGCGCUCGGCGUCGGCUCCUCGCUGGUGCUGCGCGCCGCCAUCACGCCCAACGCGCCGCGCGGCCCGCUCAUCGUCUUCAUGGGCGUCGCGCUCUCCAUCACCGCGUUCCCGGUGCUCGCGCGCAUCCUCGCCGAACUCAAGCUCCUAACGACCGACCUGGGCCGCAUGGCCAUGUCCGCCGCGGCUGUCAACGACGUCACCGCGUGGAUACUGCUCGCCCUAGCCAUCGCGCUCUCGGGCUCCGGCUCGCCGUUCGUUUCGGUCUACGUCCUCCUCUGCGGCGUCGGCUUCGUCGCGGCGGCCACCUUCCUCGUGCGGCCGGUGCUCGUCUACAUGGCGCGCCUGUCCCCGGCCGGCGAGCCCGUCAAGGAGUCGUUCGUCUGCGCGACUCUGGGCAUCGUGCUGGCCGCCGGCUUCGUCACGGACGCCAUCGGCAUACACGCUCUGUUCGGCGCGUUCGUCAUCGGCGUCCUGAUCCCCAAGGAAGGCGCCUACGCCGGCGCGCUCACCGAGAAGAUGGAGGACCUCGUGUCGUCGCUGUUCCUGCCCCUGUACUUCGUGUCCAGCGGGCUCAAGACCAACGUGGCCACCAUCUCGGGUGCUAAGUCCUGGGGCUUCCUCGUGCUCGUCAUCACGACGGCGUGCGCCGGCAAGAUCGGCGGCACGGUGCUGGCGUCGCUGCUCAUGCGCGUGCCGCCGCGCGAGGCGCUCGCGCUGGGGCUGCUCAUGAACACCAAGGGGCUCGUGGAGCUCAUCGUUCUCAACAUCGGCCGCGACCGCAAGGUACUCAACGACGAGGCGUUCGCCAUCCUGGUGCUCAUGGCGCUCACCACCACCUUCAUGACCACGCCGGCCGUCACCGCGGUGUACAAGCCGGCGCGGCGCGGCGCGUCGUCGUACAAGCACCGGACCGUGGAGCGCGGCGGCGGCGGCGGCGAGGCCGACAGCGAGCUGCGGGUGCUGGCAUGCUUCCACGCCAGCCGCGGCAUCCCGACGCUGAUCAACCUGGUGGAGGCCUCGCGCGGCACGCGGCGGAGCAAGCUCACCAUGUACGCCAUGCACCUCGUGGAGCUCUCGGAGCGGUCGUCGGCCAUCUCCAUGGUGCAGCGCGCGCGCCGCAACGGGCUGCCGUUCUCGGGCCGGCGCCGGCGCGACGGCGGCGGGGAGGUUGUGGUGGCGUUCGAGGCGUUCCGGCGCCUGAGUACAGUGGCGGUGAAGCCGAUGACGGCCAUCUCCGACCUCAGCACCAUCCACGAGGACAUCGUGGCGUCGGCGGUCAACAAGCGCGCCGCGCUCGUGGUGCUGCCGUUCCACAAGAUGCUGUGCCACGACGGCACCAUGGAGCCCGUGGACCGCGCCUACCACCACGCCAACGUCCGCGUGCUCCAGAGCGCGCCCUGCUCGGUCGCCAUCCUCGUGGACCGCGUCCUCGGCGGCGCGGCGCAGGUCUCCGCGCCGGACGUCUCCUACGCCGUGCUGGUCCUCUUCUUCGGCGGGCCCGACGACCGGGAGGCGCUCGCGUACGCCGCCCGCAUGGGCGAGCACCCCGGCAUCGAGCUCACCGUCGCCCGCUUCAUCACGGCCGCGGCGGCGAAACCCAACGCCGACGGCGGCGACCUCGAGCUCGAGCUCGCCAAGGACGAGGAAGCCUUGCAGAGAUACGGCACCCGGGCGCUCAAGUCCGGGGACGGGUCCGUCAGGUACGAGGAGGUAACGGCGGCGGCAGAGCGGGAGGAGUUGACACCCGCCAUCAAGACGCUCGGGAGGGGCAAGAACCUGGUCGUGGCGGGGCGGUCGGCGCCGGCGCCGACGCUGGUGGAGAAGAGCGACUGCCCGGAGCUGGGCCCCGUGGGGAGCUACCUGGCGACGCCGGAGUUCUCGACGACGGCGUCCGUGCUGGUCGUGCAACGGUACAACCCGCGGAGCGACCCCACGCGUGAAAGGCCGGCGGUGGAGGGGGACGUGGAGGAGGCCGUCGUGCCGUUCCCGUCGUCGUCUCGGUCGGCGGAGUCCGAGUCAGAGUCGCGGCACAGCACGUGA